GGCGCCGCGGGCGGGCGAUGUGAGCACGGCGCUCUGGGCAGGACUUCUCAGGCAGGUUAUGUCACUGGUAGAGGCUGCCCUGAAGCUCCCUGUGGUCUGGAGACUAUGUACAAGAGGAAUGGUCUGAUGGCUAGCGUGUUGGUCACCUCCGCCACUCCACAGGGCAGCAGCAGCUCAGACUCGCUGGAGGGCCAGAGCUGCGACUAUGCCAGCAAGAGCUAUGAUGCUGUCGUCUUUGACGUCUUGAGAGUGACUCCCGAGGAGUUUGCCAGCCAGAUCACACUAAUGGACAUCCCUGUGUUUAAAGCCAUUCAGCCGGAGGAACUAGCCAGCUGUGGAUGGAGUAAGAAGGAGAAACAUAGUCUUGCCCCCAAUGUCGUGGCCUUUACUCGGAGGUUUAACCAGGUCAGUUUUUGGGUUGUACGAGAAAUUCUAACAGCACAGACUUUAAAAAUAAGGGCAGAAAUCCUGAGCCAUUUUGUGAAAAUAGCCAAGAAACUUCUAGAACUCAACAAUCUUCAUUCUCUCAUGUCUGUGGUAUCAGCAUUACAGAGUGCUCCCAUCUUCAGGCUGACAAAAACCUGGGCUCUUUUGAAUCGAAAAGACAAGACCACCUUUGAGAAACUGGACUACCUGAUGUCCAAGGAAGAUAAUUAUAAGCGAACGCGGGAGUAUAUCCGAAGCCUUAAGAUGGCGCCCAGCAUUCCCUAUCUAGGGAUAUAUCUUCUGGAUUUAAUCUACAUUGAUUCUGCAUAUCCUGCCUCAGGCAGCAUCAUGGAAAACGAACAAAGAUCCAAUCAAAUGAACAAUAUUCUCCGAAUAAUUGCUGAUUUACAAGUUUCCUGCAGCUACGAUCACCUUACCACCCUGCCCCAUGUGCAGAAGUACCUGAAGUCUGUACGCUACAUUGAAGAGCUCCAGAAGUUUGUGGAAGAUGACAACUACAAACUGUCACUCAGAAUUGAACCAGGAAGCAGCUCUCCAAGACUGGUCUCCUCCAAAGAAGAUCUUGCAGGCCCCUCUGCAGGUUCCAGCUCAGCAAGGUUCCGCCGGAGGCCCACCUGUCCUGAUGCAUCUGUGGCCGGCAGCCUUUCAACCCCACCAGUCCCCAGACACAGGAAGAGCCACAGCCUGGGCAACAAUAUGAUGUGUCAGUUGAGUGUAGUUGAGAGUAAAAGUGCGACAUUCCCGUCGGAGAAAGCCAGGCACCUUCUGGAUGACAGUGUCCUAGAGUCCCGCAGCCCCCGCAGGGGCCUCACCCUCACCUCCUCCUCUGCUGUCACCAAUGGACUCUCCCUAGGCAGUAGUGAGAGCUCAGAGUUUAGUGAAGAGAUGUCUUCAGGGCUUGAAAGCUGGCAGGAGCAAGAUGGUGUGGGGGGUCCCGGUCCCCUGUGCCGAAAGCAUCCCCACAACCCCUCUGGUCUGGGAGUCAGCCCAGCUGCACAAGGGGACCUGGAGCAGACUGGGUCUGUAGAGUGGGUUCUGGACACUGGAAGCCUAAGCAUCACUGUCUUGAGAUGGACGGUACACUCGCUGUGCGAGGGCAGUCUGCACUUCCUGUUGAGUACUAUGAUUGAGAGUGACAUGGCUGAGGGUAAAGUCUAUACAGUAUCUUUUAAGUACUAUGAGUGA